CUUGGAGCGACUGAGAUAACAGCUGAUGUGUUUCUUUGAAUCACUAGCUCCCUCGACCAAGUAAAAUAUUACCAUGAACUGAAUGAUGCUUCGAUAAAGAAGGAUAUUUCGAUGUGGAUAUCGAUCCCACUGGCAAACAGGUUUAUACCAACGGUCACAAGGGAAAAUAUUUAGAUUGAUAUUAACGAUAAUAUCAGCUAAUUGAAAUUGCGUUUACUACCAAGCGAAAACAUGAGUAGGACUUGAGAUAAAAGGUUUUUGAUAAUACGGCCGCUCAAAACUACGAACUUAAUGGAUCAUCUAACUUCGAUUUCUCGAGGAUAUUUCAUUACUAAUUUCAUGAGAAUUUAACUCAUUAUGAGCAAAGAUCAGCCGAACGAUCGAGGAAAUUCAAACGAUCUUUUUCGACACGGUGAGGAAAAAGUGACAAAGUCGGCCGAGUCGCUUCGGGAUGGACAACACAUUUAUCCUCGUCUGCCAAGCUAUAGCGAAGUACCUUCGACACAUCCCAGCUAUCUUCAGUACAAUCAUUCAAACGAGAACUAUUUACCACCUUGGCACAAUGGAUCAAAUGUUCAAGACACUGGUGUGCCGCAGGGAUCUAGGUUUGGUCUUAUCAGGGGUUUUCAUCAACAAAUGUACGAACAAAACCAAAAUUCAUUACAAUGUUGUGACUGUGCUAGUUUUCAAGUCACAAAGCAUGGCUCAAAAGACGCCAAAUGCAACUGGGGAGUUAUAUUUGGUUUAUUAUUGAUAAUACUUGGAGUGUUCGCCCUUAUCAUGGGCUUCACGCUGCCUCAAAAAUCCUACACUUACUCCGAACGACAAAGACUUACUCCUCAGGAGAAAGAAGAUAUAGAUAAUAUUAACUUUUACAUUGAAAUUUUUAUAUUAUCCGGUCUAACGGUGCUAUCUCUGGGUGGAAUCGUAGUAUCGCUUGGUAUCCUGUACCCAGCGUGUCGUCGGCGGGGUACGCCAGAUGAAUACAACGAUUCAGCUUUCAGUUAUGGUUCCGAAGUCUAUGUAAAAGAGGAAAAAGUUGGACUUUCGGGAAUGGAAGGCGAUCAGAAAACUUUGGUCAAUUUUGGCUUUCAUAAAAAUGUUGUUCCUACGGACGUGACGCUACGAAAGGUGCAGCCAGAGACAGAACAAACAAUCCCCUUUCAAGCAGACAGCAAGCUGUUCAAGUAAAAAUAACUGCUGACCGCUCGACCAGUUGCGCGGAAGGCACCGAAAUAAAAACGAAAAUCCCCAUGACCAAUUAAUCUCGAAUGCAAGGGCUCUAUAGAGAAACUACGAUUCAUAUAAAUCUUUCGCAGUCGAUAAAUAUAUUUAGAGACGGUGGGCACUGGG